ACAUGGUAACACCAAAAAUGGCGGCGCCCAUGAAAACAUGUUUGUUAAAUUUGCGAAAAUGCUGUUUUUCUUGGACUACGACACGAUAUUAUUCCAGGAGAAUGAAGCGCAGUGUACAGGAAGUUAUGUCACCUGAAGAAGAUGUCCAGAAACUGAAAAACACUGUGGCAGAUCCAAGGAAAAAUCCUUAUCUACCAUUUGAUCCGAGGGAUCCAGUACAAAAAAGUUUGAUUUUUGCUGCAACACGUUCUAAAGAAAAUAUUUCCAGUUACAGAAACAAAGAAAAUGUUUCCGAUAACAGAAACAAGGAUAACAAGAAAAGAGAACCUCAACACGUUUCUGACAGAAGUAAUAGCAAAUCACUUUCUCGCUUACCAAAGCCGUCCAAAGUUCGAAAAAAUGAGAAAUUUCAAAAUACAGUUAAUUUUGAGAAACUGGAAGAAACUGAUAGAAGAUUCGGACGGCAUAUAAUGAGAGCAAGAGUGGCAAAAGAUCGCGAGGAGCACAGGGAGAUUGUUUUAGAGGGAAAAAACCUGAUUCAUGAUGCAUUGUUAGCUGGGGCAAAACUGAAGGUAUUGUACUUCACAAGAUUGGAGACAGUGGAGGAGUUACCUGCUGAGUCGCUAGAAGGUGCACAGAUAUACAAGGUCCAGUACAAACAUCUUAAAUUGUGGUCAGAUGUGGAGACUCCACAAGGUCUUUUAGGGAUAUUUGAGAUGCCACGGGUCGAUCAAGCUCUAAGACCAGCAGCGAAUCCAAUACCUCUGACUGUCAUCUGUGAUUCUGUGCGAGAUGGUGGUAACCUCGGCACAUUGAUACGUACUGCAGCUGCUGUGGGUUGUCACAGAGUUAUAGCAAUGAAAGGAUGUGUUGACAUAUGGAAUGGUAAGGUAUUGAGAUCUGCAGCAGGAAGUCAUUACAGGGUACCAAUCCUCAGCAACGUAACCUGGCCCCAGGUACCAGCUCUGUUACCCACAGGAGACAGUAUCAAAGUGUUCCUUGCUGAUAGUAAACAGGUAACAGAGGAAGAGAGAGAGUCUGGACCACUGGAGGCAGAAACACUAGCAGCUGUUGAACAGAUUGAAAAGUUUCAUGAUAUAGAGAGUGACAUUGAAGAUGAAACAUCGGAUAUAGAAAACUCAGCAGUAUUCCAUGAGGACAAUGAUGCUGAAAAUGAAGUCAUUAGUGAACAAGAAAAACAUGAAAUGUUGACAAAAGAAGUUGAAAAAGAUUUAUCUUACAAAAAUUUCAAAGUUCUCAGUGCUUACAGGAAGGCACCAUUAGGCAGUGAGUUAUAUGACAGGGUUGAUUAUACUGACCAACAUGCAGUGUUAGUGAUCAGUGGGGAGACUUCAGGUGUGUCGUUACCUGCAAGAAAAUUGGCGUAUGAUCAUUAUGGAGGAUGUGUCACUAUACCUAUGACAGGUGAAGUAGAAAGUCUGAACUGUGCUGUAGCAGGAAGUAUCAUCAUGUAUGAGGUUGCUAAGCAGUAUAGGAAUAACAGGUUCCUUAAUUUCCUAACUGCUAAAGAGAAAGAAUAGAGAUUAAAUUGUUUAUGCAGUUAGGUUCCAAUAAUUACGAACUUGAAUGAAAAUUGACAGAAGACACAGUACUUUGUAUCCAUCUUCAUUUAAAAUUGUUGAAAAAACUACUGCUCCUUAAUUAUUAAUUAAAAGUCGCCAUAUGACCUAUUAUGUGUCGGUGCGAUGUUAAAUCCAAAACAAAAAAAAAACAAAAAUUAUUAAUUAAAGCUGCAGUAUUCCUGAUUUAUAUUAAAUUUUGAAAAAUUUAGAAAAAGUACUCCCAAGUUAUUGCAAUCAAAAGGAAAUAUAAAGUAAUUCCGUGCAUUUUAAGAAUUUUUUAUCUACAAGACACUCUUUUUUUUUUUAUUCACUGAAAUAUAUAUAAAAAAAACGUCUCAGAAAACGUCAUGGGUUGAAAGAUUUGUGUAGUGCAAGAAUAAUAUUUUCUGACUGAACAAAAGCUAUUUGUUAAAAGUAAUCCCUACAGUUUUAGCUUGACUAUAGGAAGUGUGGAGAAGCUGUUUUACUUGACCCGGCAUCUGUGUCCUUCCGUGUCCGCACUUUGGUUAAAGUUUUGAUGCACUUUCUCUUUAUCUCUGUAAUAACUUGAUGGAUUUGUUUCAAACUUAAAAUAAAAAUAGUAAUUCCUCAUCCCCAACCACAUCAAAUGGCACUAGGGCCAUAACUCUUGCACCAAUAUUUAAUGAAUUAACCCCACUUUUGACUCUGGUACCUAAUUUCAGGUUAAAAUUUUGGUGCACUUUCACUCUGUCUCAGUUAUUACUAACUGGAUUUGAUUCAAAUUUAAAAUAGGUGUGUAACAUCAUCACCCACAUCAUAUUACACAAGGUCCAUAACUCUGGAACCAAUAUUCUGUGAAUUAUGCCCUUUUUAGCUCAUCUGAUUUUUUGAAAAAAAAUGAUGAGUUAUUGUCAUCACUUGAUUGGUGUCGGCGUCAGCGUUGCCUGGUUAAGUUUUAUGUUUAGGUCAGCUUUUCUCCUAAACUAUCAAAGCUAUUGCUUUGAAACUUGGAACACUUGUUCACCAUCAUAAGCUGACCCUGUACAACAAGAAACAUAACUCCAUCCUGCUUUUUGCAAGAUUUAUGGCCCCUUUUGUACUUAGAAAAUAUCAGAAUUUUUGGUUAAGUUUUAUGUUUAGGUCAACUUUUCUCCUAAACUAUCAAAGCUAUUGCUUUAAAACUUGCAACAGUUUUUCACCAUCAUAAGCGGACGCUGUACAUCAAGAAACAUAACUCUAUCCUGCUUUUUGCAAGAAUGAUGGCCCUUUUUAGACUUAGAAAAUCAUGUGUAGGACAAUAUUUCUAUUAUACAAAAAAAUCAGAUGAGCGUCAGCACCCGCAAGGCGGUGCUCUUGUUUUACUUUGAAUUUCUGGUUAAAGUUUUGUUGCACUUUCACUCUAUCUUUUUAUUACUUAAUAGAUUUUAUUCAAACUUAAAAUAGUUGUUCCACAUCAUCACUCACAUCAUAUAACACAAGGGCCAUAACUCUUGCACCAAUAUUUUAUGAAUUAUCACCCUUUUUACUUAGAAUUUCAUGUUAAAGUUUUGGUGUAAUUUCACUCUAUCUCAGUUAUUACUAAAUUGAUUUGAUGCAAACUUAAAAUAGCUGUUCCACCUGAUCACCCACAUCAUAUGACACAAGGUCCAUAAGUCGGGCUCCAAUGUUUCAUGAAUAAUGCACUCUUUUACUUUGAAUUUAAGGUUAAUUUUGAUGCAUUUUCACUAUAAUAAUUAUCUCUUUUAUUACAGAAAAGAUUUGAUUCAAGCUUAAAAUAGCGGUUCAGUAUCAUCAUUCACAUCAUAUAACACAAGAAUCGUGACUCUAGCACCAGUAUUUCACAAGUUAUCUCCCCUUUUGGCUUAGAAUUUCUGGUAAAAGUUUUUGUGCACUUUCACUCUAUCUCAGUUUUUAGCUCAUCUGAUUUUUUGAAAAAAAAUGAGUUUUUGUCAUCACUUGAUCAAUGUCGACGUUGCCUGGUAAAGUUUUAUGUGUAGGUCAACUUUUCUCCUAAACUAUCAAAGCUAUUGCUUCAAAACUUGCAACACUUGUUCACCAUCAAUAGCUGACUCUGUACAGCAAGAAACAUAACUCCAUCGUGCUUUUUGCAAGAAUUAUGGCCCCUUUUGGACUUAGAAAAAUCAGAUUUCUUGGUUAAGUUUUAUGUUUAGGUCAACUUUUCUCCUAAACUAUCAAAGCUAUUGCUUUGAAACUUGCAGCUCUUGUAUGUCUCCUUUUCACCCCCAUUUUAUAGUUUUUACUUUCAUUUACCUAUAAAUAUGUUGUUUCUUGUAUGCCUUGUUUCUCCCAACACAUAUGACACCCUGCCUCUAUGAAAGUAAAUUGUUUUAUUUUU